ACUUCCUGUUUCUGUUUCAACAUGGCUUCUCGUUGUUUAGCCCAAAUUAAGCAUUUGAUGCUAUAUAAUAUAUAAUUAACUCACUAAAUUACAUUACGCAUAUAUGUCGAGUUUCAGUAUAUGUAAAGAAACAUGAGAGCAAUGAUCUAAUUUACGUGAAAGAUGGAGAUACCUGCUCAAGGCACCUCUCAUGCUCAGAGGGUGCUGUCCUUGCUCAACAAACAGAGGGGUCUCGGCCACUUCUGUGAUGCCAUGCUGAACACAGCAAGUGGGCAAGUGCAUCUUGCCCAUCGCAAUGUUCUAGCCUGCUUCAGCCACUUGUUCCAGGAACCCAGUUCAAACACACCGUGUAUACAGAUCGACCUGCCAUUAGAGUGCCCUGAUGAUGGACUCGAGCUACUGCUUAAUUUUUUUUACACUGGUGAACUCCAGUUAGACGACAGCAAUUUAGAAAAGAUUCAGAAUGCAGCUAGUGGACUGUCAGUGCCAGAUUCUCUCAUACCUUGCCAGGGUUUGACAGGUGUAGAGGAUUGGCAGUCACCUGCUGCCUUGAGUGAUGAUGAUACAGCCAAACCAGUAUUCCCUCUUACAGCUGCUGACCCUCAGCCUGAUCAGACCCCGAAAGGAAAGACUAGAUCUUGGCAGAAGAUGAAAAAUAAACCUGAUGCAUGCAGAUUGGGUUCAGCGGUCACAGCUAGCGAUGAUGACCCCCCUACCUCAACGUCUACUACCACCACCCGUUCUGGAAGGCGUGUAAAAGGGCCCAGUCGACUAGUUGGAGAAAGUCCUAUGUCUUCUGUUACGAGGCAGGGAGCAGGAAAGAGAAAACCAUCAUCUCUAGAUGGCAAAGAGCAGGAGACUGCUGCCACUGAGGAAGAUCAUCUCAAACAUCAAGACACGAGUGAGGCUGAGCAGGUGGAUGGAUCUGUUGAUGAUCAAAAUGACAAUGAUGACGACAAUGACGAUGAUGAUGAUGAUGAUGAUGACAGAGAAGGGAGUAUAGAUAUUCUCUAUGAGGGAACCGAUGAAGAGUAUGUGCCUCAUGAUUCACCUUGCUCAACCCCAAAGACUCCACGGGGAAAGCGCAAACGGCAAGAAAAAAGUACCAAUAAAGAGAAUGGGGAAGGAACAUCUAAAAACAGCAAGAAAGGCUCUGUCCAAUGUCCAACAUGUCACAAAACAUUCCUCAGCAAGUACUACUUGAAAGUACACAACAGGAGACAUACAGGGGAGAAGCCCUUUGAAUGUGCUAAAUGUGGGAAGUGCUACUAUAGGAAGGAAAACUUGCUGGAGCAUGAAGCCAGGAAUUGUCUUAGCAGAAUAGAGGUGGUGUUUUCGUGUUCAAAAUGUACCAUGACCUUUAAAAAGCGACAUGAGCUGCGUCUUCACACAGUCACGCACACAGGAGAGAUGCCUAAUAAGUGCACAUCAUGCCCUGAGCAGUUCAUGCAGAAGAAAGAUCUCAGGAUCCACAUGAUUAAAGUUCACGGAGCUCCUAAACCACACGCAUGUUCAUUGUGCCCUAAGUGUUUCCUGUCCCGCACUGAGCUACGUCUGCAUGAGGCAGCCAAACAUCGUGGUGAGAAACUGUUUGUGUGUGAGGAGUGCGGUCACCGGGCUUCCAGCCGCAACGGCCUGCAAAUGCACAUCAAAGCCAUUCACAGAAAUGAGCGCCCUUUUGUGUGUGAGUUCUGCAAUCAUGCCUUUACCCAGAAAGCCAAUCUCAACAUGCACCUUCGAACACAUACUGGAGAGAAACCUUUCCAGUGCCACCUGUGUGGCAAGACGUUUCGCACACAAGCGAGUCUGGACAAACACCACCGCACACACACAGGAGAGCGGCCAUAUAGCUGUGAGUUCUGUGAGCAACGCUUUACUGAGAAAGGUCCUCUGUUACGCCACAUAGCCAGCAAACACCAAGAAGGCCGACCUCACUUUUGCCACAUCUGCAACAAAACUUUUAAAGCCAUCGAGCAGCUCCGUGUUCAUGUACGACGUCACAAAGGCAUGAGAAAAUUUGAGUGUACUGAAUGUGGUUACAAGUUCACCAGACAGGCACAUUUGCGACGACACUCACAGAUCCACAACCGCGUGGAGAACUACAACCCCAGACAAAGACGGUUACGCAACCUGAUUGUGGAGGAUGAGAAUGCAGCUGCCUCAUCCAGUCCUCCCAGCCAGACAGAGGCUCAGGCAGGAACAGCAGACAUGGUUAACCUGGUUAUCCAGCCAGAGGCGGUUGUAGUGGAACAGGUUGUCUCAGCCUCUGCUGGAGGAACAGGAGGAGACCAGGCUACAUAUUCAGUGACUGAUGGAUCAGUGAAUGGUGAACAGACUGGGUUUGCUCUGACUGGAAGGACUGAUGGUGGAGUCGAGCAGACUCCGUUCACUGUAGCAGAUGUGAUGGAGCAGACACUGCUGGUGACCGACGCGUACCCCAUCCAUCAGUCCAGUGUGGUGGUGGAACUGCCCAGCUCUGGAGCUGAUGGGAAAGUCUAAAAUAAUUACUUUUGACUCCAGAGCAAAGAGAUCAUGUUGGAGUAUGCAGUUGAAGAGUUUAAAAAGUCAUUGAGACAUGUCAAGCAUUGUAAAUAAACCGCUUUCUUGCAUGAAAUACAGGUAAGAAAUAGUUUUGAUAUGAAUUUAUUGUCCAAAGAAGUUAAAAGGAUUUGGAAAUGAUGUAAAAACAAAGGACUGUUGUAUCAAGCAUGACGAGUCAUCUUGAGUUUUCUAUAACUACAUUUUUGGGGUAGGAGAUUAACAGGAGAUUGUCUACUGGACUCAGUAGAAGUAAUUUGAGCCCAACUUCUGCAAAAAUGCAUUGCUUUUAAUCAACUUUUCAGGUCAAACUGUGUCUACAAUUUUUGUUAAAAAAUGCUCUUUCUCUGGAUGAACAGGCAAAACUUUUUAUUCCACAAGGAAAAAGAAUUGCUUUACGCCUAUCUUAUUUCUACUAGCUAAUUGACACUUUAAGCUACAAGAUGUUUGACAAAUUUGGAUUUAAUAACUUACAACCAAAGUUCUUAUAAGAGAAUGUCAUGAUUUAUUCCACAUCUGGAUUUCAUUAUGUAAAUUAAAGACUAUUGUAAAACAAAUAAAAACAGCCAUAAGCUUCAUGCAUACCGUUUUAAUAGAAUAAAACAUUAAACCACAGAAAUCCAAAUCUAUGUCUCUUUUAUUCACUUUUCUAUGCACUUGUGGUUUAAAGUCCUUAAUUAUUUAAUUGCAUUAAAAAAAUAUAUUUAAACCUUGAUUAAAAAAAAGCUAAUUUUUUUUUGGAAUAAUGUGCACUGAUAAAUUGUUCACAAUAAAACCAUGGACAUUUCUGA